CACUCAGCUGAUAGAGAGAUCGCUGGUGGUAAACCUCUUAGGGAUCUGAAGGGUUACUCUAGUCUUGCAACACUACUCACAAUGAUGGAGGAUCAGCCUCCAGUCCACCUCUUCUACGCCCUGCGACUACACACACUCACAGACAAACACACACAUGUUCACAUGCCCGUCUCCUGCCUGCGAUUAACGUCCAAAUCUUAAUUCUUGCCCACAUUCCUGAGUCAACCCCACUGCUUUGUCAGUCGUUGCUCCAUUGCUGCAUGACCAUACGGGACUCUACCACUGAGAGGACUGCACUGGUACAGGAAAACAUCACCCUGGGCUUUCCAGUUUUUCAUCCUGGUCAGUUUGGAGGACCUAAAUCAGAUACUGCCUGAAGAGAGAUUUGACUAACUAGGAAUCCAUUCAUGUUAGUUUCAGUGGCCUGAGCAGAGUGAAGGCCUUUCAAAUCAAAUGGCUGCAACCUAACCAACCAAAGGAGAAAUCAAGCUAAAGGAAUUUCUUCUACUGGAUUUUGUUUGUUUGCCCUUGCAGGACAGCAUCUUUAUUUUUUAUUUGAGUAAUCUUAAAUAACUUGCAGGUAACAAAGCCAACACCGGAAAGACCUUUUUCAGUCCAAGAUCCAAAGAUGGACCAGUUUACACUCAGUCCACGUUUGCGCUCAGACAGUAUGAGCAGCUCAGCAUCUCAGGGCUCCAGGUCCAAGGUGCUCCUCCGCCAGCGUUUGUCUCAGCUGCUGACCUGCAUAGAGGACAUGAGCUCUGAUGACGAAGCCAGUGAAGAAGUGUCCCGCACGCUGGACGAAGCAUUUCAGCUCUGCGGGUGCUCCAUUCCCACAGACGCAUUCAGGCUGCACAUGACAACCUGGAACGUGGCCACAGCGGAGCCUCCUGAAGACGUCACCUCGUUGCUGCAUCUAGAUGUCCAGCCCCCCACAGACCUCUUUGUGAUUGGCCUGCAGGAGGUGAAUGCCACCCCUGUGAGGUUUAUCUCUGACAUGUUAAUGGAGGACUCUUGGAGCCACGUCUUCAUGAACACACUGGCACCCAGAGGCUUCGUCAAGGUCACAUCCAUGAGGAUGCAGGGAUUGCUGCUGCUGGUUUUUGCCAAACAAAUUCAUCUCCCCUACAUCAGAAACAUUCAGACCACCUAUACUCGUACUGGCAUCUUUGGCUACUGGGGUAAUAAAGGAGGAGUGACCGUGCGUUUUUCCUUCUAUGGCCACAUGGUGUGCUUCCUUAAUUGCCACCUAGCAGCUCACAUGAACUACGCUCUGCAGCGCGUUGAUGAGAUUGAGUACAUCCUGGAGACACAAGAGUUUGACAUCGCUGACACCCCACAUGUCCGGGAUCACAAGUUGGUAUUCUGGUUUGGCGACCUGAACUUCCGCAUUGCAGACCACGGCUUGCACUUCCUCCGCUCGUCCAUCAACAAGGAGCGCCUUCAUUUGCUGUGGGACAAAGACCAGCUCACCAUGAUGAAGAAGAAGGAACCCUUCCUGCAGGAAUUUGAGGAAGGGCCAUUAAAUUUUAAACCCACCUAUAAAUUUGUCCGUAACUCUGAAACCUAUGAUACCAGUGGCAAGAAAAGGAAACCGGCCUGGACGGAUCGGAUUCUCUGGCGCAUCAAACCCAAAAUCCUGACUUCAGAGGAUGAUGAUGAGAAGGCAUCGACUUCUACUGAUGAUGAGCUCGAUGAGUAUCCACUCCUGGUCACUCAGGACAAGUACACCAGUGACAUGAGCUACGGAGUCAGUGACCACAAGCCUGUCAUUGCAACCUUCAAUCUGGAGCUGAGGAAGUGCUUUGACACACCACUGGUGCACGUAGCCCCUCUGGGUGUAUGGAGCGCCGACCAGGAUGUACUUCUUAACUACACCAUCCAAGAGGACUUCAUGUCCUCCACAUGGGACUGGAUCGGCUUGUACAAGGUGGGAUUCAAGAGUGCGUUCGAUUAUGAAACCUUUGUUUGGGUUAGAGAGAAGGAGUUGCCAGAGAUAAAUGAAGUCAUACAGUUAUCUGUGGAUAAGGAUGAGGUCCCUUUGCUGUGUGGACAUUAUGUUUUGGGUUACUACAGUACAAACAUGCAAAGCAUCGUUGGCCUCAGUGCUGACUUCCAGAUCCUGGAGUCAAAGCGUGCCGUCAUGGAAGGUCUCGUUCCUGAGAACAUCAAUGGACUCAACGAAUAAGAACAAAUUCACCACAGCGCCACAUCGUAUUCCUCUCCCCUGGAAAUGUACUGCUGAUUCAGUCAUUAAAAAAUGGCCACCACACUGUCACAUGGACUGGAAACUUUAAUUUGUUGUUUCCAAAUGUGCAUUUAAAGAGUUCACCUUAAGUCAGAUUCACUCUUGAAGGAACAGUUUCUCUACAAAAAAAGUUUACCGCUGUAAUAAAUAUCCACAGGCCUUUUUUGCCCGUUAGAGCCAAAAAAACUAAGGAAUAAGUUAAGUUUUGUUUGUGAAAGUAGUGGUCAUAUACUGCAGGUCAAUGCCGUCCUUGGUCAAAUUGUAUUUGAAAAUACAUUUUUAUGUUUUGGUUUGGUCUA